AUGAAUCUUCAGCUAGGGGUUUUUCAUCCAGGACCAGAAGUGCAUCAAUGUCUAUUCCUGUACUCUAUGGAUCCCUCUGAAUAUGAAAACAACCUUGUAGGUUACACUGGUCCUUUACGAAGUGAAAGAAGGACAUCGUUUGUACAGAGGAGUGGUCCUUUAUAUGCCGGCCGUAGACAUGUUGGCACCAAUCCAUUCAGUCUACGCAAGAAUGAUUGGCCAGAUGGGAACUACAUGGGAAAAAAUGAACAUCUUUUGAGGUCUGGGCAAUUGGGGAUGUGCAACGAUCCAUACUGCACAACGUGCCCUACGUAUUACAAUUUUACGGGGAACCAGAAGAACUCAAGAAUGUCUGAUAUAUUUGAUGCUAAGGGGUUUUCAUCCAGGACCAGGAGUGCAUCAUUGUCUAUUCCUGUGAAUUCUAUGGACCCCUCUGAAUAUGAAAACAACCUUGUAGGUUACACUGGUCCUUUAAGAAGUGAAAGAAGGACAUCGUUUGUACAGAGGAGUGGUCCUUUAUAUGCCGGCCGUAGACAUGUUGGCACCAUUCAGUCUACGCAAGGCAACUGGGGAUGUGCAACGAUCCAUACUGCACAACGUGCCCAACGUAUUACAAUUUUACGGGGAACCAGAAGAACUCAAGAAUGUCUGAUAUAUUUGAUGCUAAGGUUGGAUGAUACUGAUGCAGAAGAGUCAACAAAUGCAAUUGAUAGAACUGUUGCUAAUCUCCUGUUCCACAACAUCAAUAAUUGCAACCCCGCUCCUACUGAAACGGAGGAUGAAGUGAAAUGCAGUUUUUACAAUCACGAUCCAUGUUUCUCUAUUUCCUCUCAUGGCGCCGUUCCUGAUGGUGAUGCAGAAGUCCCGAUAUUUGAUCAUGGUCUGUCUUAUUCGACCAAAAUGGUUGAUGGUGACUCUUGCUUCCAUCCCGCAUUGAUUUGA